GCACUACUUCCUCCGGACAGGUUAGAAACUCCGCCAUCCUGGCUUGGUAGUAAAAAACACACUGUAGUUGUUAAAAGUAGUUACGUUACGCCCCCAGCAGCGACAGACGACGACGGCGAUCUAUAUAUAGCAUGUUUAAACACCUUCCUUUUAACUAACCCAAAACCGUCUUAGAUUCAAACAAUUAAAUCAACCCAUCAUUCCAAUCUCGCCACCACAAUUUCUAGGGUUUCAGUUUCACCUCGCUUGCAGACAGAGAGAGAAAGUGGAGGAAACGUAUUUUAGAGAGAGAAAAUGGAGUUCGAGAUGCUACGGAAUCGAUUAGUUAGAUGUUGAUCUCCACCGGAGAGUAGAAUCUAGAGAGAGUGUGUGUGGUGGUGAGUAAUGGCGGACGAAGAGAACGGAGGGUUAGCGUCGAUGGAUUCGGUGGAGUCACGGUGGGUGUUUCAGGACGAGGACGAAUCGGGGAUCGACGACGAUGAAGAGGAUGAGGAUCUUCCGGUGCGGAUGGGCUUGGAUUCGGACGAUGAGGAUAAUGCCGAGCAGAGGCUGAUUCGAACGGGCCCUCGGAUCGAUUCCUUCGACGUUGAAGCACUCGAGGUCCCUGGCGCACAAAGGAGUGAUUUCGAGGACUUCAGCAUGGGCAGGAGAAUUAUACUGGCUUUUCAGACACUAGGGGUUGUAUUUGGUGAUGUUGGAACGAGUCCAUUGUAUACCUUCAGUGUGAUGUUUAGCAAGGCCCCAGUAAAUGGAAACGAAGAUGUUCUGGGAGCAUUAUCUUUGGUUUUAUAUACUUUAAUUUUGAUUCCACUGAUCAAGUACGUCCUUAUUGUUCUGUGGGCCAAUGAUGAUGGCGAAGGUGGUACAUUUGCUUUGUACUCGUUGAUUUGUAGGCAUGCUAAGGUCAGUCUUAUUCCAAAUCAACUUCCAUCUGAUGCACGAAUAUCAAGCUUCAGACUAAAGGUGCCAUCUGCUGAACUUGAGAGGUCGUUAAAAAUAAAGGAACGACUUGAAACUUCACUGACACUGAAAAAGCUGCUUCUGAUAUUAGUGCUUGCUGGUACUGCUAUGGUGAUAGCUGAUGGGGUCGUUACACCAGCAAUGUCAGUGAUGUCUGCUGUUGGUGGUUUAAAGGUGGGAGUUUCUGGGAUUAAACAAGAACAAGUGGUGAUGAUUUCGGUCGCAUUUCUUGUGAUUUUGUUCAGUCUACAGAAGUAUGGGACAAGUAAAGUCGGGCUUGCUGUUGGCCCUGCCUUAUUUAUAUGGUUUUGUUCUCUUGGGGUCAUUGGCAUCUACAAUAUUAUAAAAUAUGAUAGAACUAUUUUUAAGGCAUUUAAUCCCGUUCACAUCUACUACUUUUUCAAGAGGAACUCCAUUAAGGCAUGGUACUCACUUGGGGGUUGUCUUCUGUGUGCAACAGGUUCCGAGGCAAUGUUCGCAGAUCUUUGUUACUUUUCUGUGAGAUCAGUGCAGCUUACAUUUGUGUUUCUUGUACUACCUUGCCUUCUUCUGGGUUACAUGGGUCAAGCUGCAUAUCUUAUGGAGAACCACAGUGACACAACACAGGCUUUCUUUUCUUCUAUUCCAAUUAGUGCUUUCUGGCCUGUCUUCCUGAUUGCUAAUAUCGCUGCAUUGAUUGCCAGUCGGGCAAUGACAACGGCCACUUUUUCUUGUAUCAAACAAUCAACAGCUCUUGGUUGUUUCCCUCGCCUUAAAAUCAUUCACACGUCUCGGAAAUUCAUGGGUCAAAUUUAUAUUCCCGUCAUAAACUGGUUUCUGCUGGUAUUUGCCUUGGUACUCGUCUGCACUAUCUCAAGUAUUAACGAGAUUGGAAAUGCAUAUGGCAUAGCUGAGCUCGGAGUGAUGAUGAUGACUACAGUCUUAGUAACCAUUGUUAUGCUUCUUAUAUGGCAGAUAAACAUCAUUAUUGUGCUGAGUUUUGUUGUUGUUUCCUUGGGGAUAGAAUUGACGUUCUUCUCCUCGGUUUUAUGGAGUGUGGGAGAUGGAAGUUGGAUCAUAUUGGUUUUUGCCAUAGUUAUGUUUUUUAUAAUGUACAUCUGGAACUAUGGGAGCAAGCUUAAAUAUGAAACUGAAGUGAAGCAGAAGUUAUCAAUGGAUUUGAUGCGGGGACUGGGUUGCAAUCUUGGAACAAUCAGAGCUCCUGGCAUUGGCUUGCUCUACAAUGAGCUGGUGAAGGGCAUACCAGCGAUAUUUGGACAUUUUCUCACCACUCUUCCUGCCGUCCAUUCCAUGAUCAUAUUUGUGUGCAUAAAGUACGUUCCUGUUCCUGUAGUGCCUCAGAGUGAAAGGUUUCUGUUCCGGAGAGUCUGCCCAAAAGGCUACCAUAUAUUUCGUUGCAUUGCCAGGUAUGGCUACAAGGAUGUUCGCAAAGAAAAUCACCAGACAUUUGAGCAAUUGCUAAUUGAGAGUCUUGAGAAGUUCAUUCGCAGGGAAGCCCAGGAACGAUCGCUGGAGAGUGAUGGGGAUGACGAUUCAGAUUCUGAAGAUGAAUCUGGCACACGAGUUCUCAUUGCUCCCAACGGUAGUGUCUAUUCGCUUGGCGUUCCUCUCCUGGCUGAUUAUACGGACACUAGCAAUCCCAUCUCUGAAGCCAGCACUUCUGGGGUUGUGAAGUCAGAUGAGGAGCCUCCCACAGACCCAUCCAUGUCUGAUUCAGAUCAGAGUCUCGAGAAGGAACUGUCUUUCUUACGGAAGGCCAAAGAAUCUGGGGUAGUCUAUCUUCUUGGUCAUGGGGACAUUAGGGCGAGGAAAGAUUCCUGGUUCAUUAAAAAGCUAGUCAUAAAUUACUUUUACGCAUUCUUGAGAAAGAACUGCAGAAGGGGGAUUGCGAAUUUGAGUGUACCGCACUCUAAUCUGAUGCAGGUGGGCAUGACUUACAUGGUUUGAAAUUUGAAGUAUGCAACCAAAAUAAGGAAAAUUUACUUUUGACACCAGAAGUUCGACCGAAGUGAUUGAAUUCUGGAAAAAAAUGGCCAUCGGUGACUACUGGUACAUUCUUUAGCAAUACAGGCUGAAUUUACACAAAUGGUUGCAUUCUUCUUGCCUGCUCAUGCCGGGCGUUUUGCAUCUGCAGAUUUUGAAGCUCUCUUAAUCUUUAUUGUUUGGGAAGUUUUGUAGUUCUGCUCCUUGGUUGCCUUCCCUGUAACGAUUUUUACAGUUUUGACGGAUCGACUGUUGUAUACAUGUUCAAGUUAUGUGAAUGCAGUUCUGGAUAACAUAAUCCUACAUCUAUUUGGUUUUUUGUCUAUACAA